CACCACACUUACCAUGGCCCGCGUACCCGCCGCCAAACGCAGGCGCCUCAGCCCGCCCGACGACCAGCCCGCCGCCGCUUUUUCCCGUACUAGCGCAAAGUGGGACGCAGAGCAGGACUAUGAGACGCGGCCGCGCACGCUCGACAAGAGGAAAGAGACGGGACGGCUGCCCAUCAAGACAGCAGAGGGAUGGGUCGCACCGGUAGUGGAAGCAGAGCCCGAGGCCAGCGGCGACGAGGACGAGGACAGCUUCCUGGGCACGAGCAGCGACGACGACGAUGAAGACGAGGCCCCGCCCCCCGCGCCCAAGGUGCCCGCGCGGCAACAAAUCCUCCAGGCCAAGGAAGAGCUGGCGCGCCUGGCCAGCCUGAUAAACGAAGACCCCGAGGAGCAUGCCGGCGUGCUGAGGCAGCUGGCCACGCUGGCAGGCUCGGACAACGUCACGGUCAAGAAGCUGGCGUUGGCCACGCAGCUGACCGUCUACAAGGACAUCAUCCCCGGCUACCGCAUCCGGCCCGUGUCCGAGGACGAGCUGAAGCAGAAACUGUCCAAGGACGUGCGCCAGCUGCGCAACUACGAGCAGAGCCUCGUGCACGGCUACCAGGAGUACGUCAAGGACCUGGCGGCCAGCGCCAAGGGCAGCAAAGGCGGCGCGAGCGAGGCGGCCCGCGGCCUUGCGACCGUCGCCAUCAGCUGCGCGUGCAACCUGCUGACGGCGGUGCCGCACUUCAACUUCCGCGGCGAGGUGCUGAAGAUUCUGGUGGACAAGCUGAGCGGGCGUAGCGUCGAUGCCGACUUUGUCAAGUGCCGCGAGACGCUGGAGACGUUGUUUGAGACCGACGAGGACGGGCACGCCUCGCUCGAUGCGGUCACGAUGCUCACCAAGAUGUUCAAGGGGCGGCAGUACCACGUGCACGAGUCGGUGCUGAACACGUUCCUGCACCUACGGCUGCUGUCGGAGUUUGCGGGCAAGGCGUCGUUCGACCGGGUCGACACGCCGGGCGGCGCCGCCGAGGGCCCCAAGGGCAAAAAGCCCCGCGAGAAGAAGGAGUUUCGCACCAAGAAGCAGCGCAAGCUGCUCAAGGAGCACAAAGUCAUUGAGAACGAGAUGAAGGAGGCCGACGCCGCCGUCUCCCACGAAGAGCGCGACCGCAUGCAGGCCGAGACGCUCAAGCUCGUCUUCGUCACGUAUUUCCGCAUCCUGAAGGCGCGCACGCCCGCGCUCAUGGGCGCGGUGCUCGAGGGCCUAGCCCGCUACGCGCACCUUAUCAAUCAGGACUUCUUCGGCGACAUUCUGGAGGCGCUGAAAGACCUGAUCCGGGAAGCCGAGGCCGCGGCCGACGACUCGGAUGCCGACGACGAAGACGCAGAUGACGACGCAGACGAAGCCGACAAGCCCGUCCGCAACGCCACCCGCGAGUCGCUGCUCUGCGUCAUCACGGCGUUUGCGCUGCUGCAGGGCCAAGACGCGUCCAAAGCGGCCUCAGCACUGCACUUGGACCUCAGCUUCUUCAUCGCGCACCUCUACCGCACACUCUACCCGAUCGCGCUGAACCCGGACAUCGAGCUCAGCGCGACGUCGCUGCACCUGCCGGACCCCUCGACGCCCGCCGCCGCGCAACCAAGCACAGCCGAAAACAAAGUCAACGCCACAACAACGGCGGUGCUGCUGCUGCGCUCGCUCGCCAGCACCCUCUCCCCGCGCACGACGCCGCCGGUGCGCCUCGCGGCUUUUGUGAAACAGCUGCACACGCUGGCGCUGCAGUUGCCGGAGAAGUCGGCGGCGGCGCUGACGGCGCUGCUGGCGCAGCUGGCCAAGACGCAUGCCCGCCGCGUCGGCGCGCUGUGGGAUGCCGAUGAGCGCAGGGGCGAUGGCGUCUGGGACCCGUUGGCGGGCGAUUUGGAGAGAAGUAAUCCGUUUGCGUGCACGGUUUGGGAGGGCGAGUUGUUGCGGCUGCACUUUAGUCCGCGGGUUAGGGAGGGAGUUGAGGGUGUGGCGAGGGGGGUUAGGGAAAAUAGGUAGAGGGGGAUAUAGGUGUUUUCUUGACUUGGUCUUGUUGCUGUGCGGUGCGCGGCGUGUGGUGCUUUGGUGAGGCUUUCUUGUCUCGGUCUCGUAUCAACUAGCCCAGAGGAGUGAAAGCGUGUAUAUUCAUUCCUCUUUCUCUCCCUCUCUGCACCUCAGCCUCUCGUUCGUACGCACACAGUGGCAGCGUAAGAAGCAGCAAUCAUGACUCC